CAAAAUAAAGAGGGGGAAAAGGGAAACCCUGCUGUCGGUGCAGUGCCGUUGCAAAGGGAAAAUGCUUUACUUUACGCUCCCCAAAUAACUAGUAGUUGAAAUUCAUCACUGUUAUCUCUACCACUCUCUUCGUUAAAAUCAAUCAGCGUUUAACAAUGGAGAAAUACGAGAAAUUGGAGAAAGUAGGAGAAGGAACGUACGGCAAAGUAUAUAAAGCAAAGGACAAGGCGACGGGACAAUUGGUGGCGCUGAAGAAAACUCGGCUAGAAAUGGACGAAGAAGGGAUCCCACCCACUGCCCUAAGAGAAAUCUCGCUUCUUCAAAUGCUUUCCCAUUCUCUCUACAUCGUUCGUCUCCUCUGUGUCGAGCAAAUUGACAAAAAUGGGAAGCCCCUUCUUUACCUAGUUUUUGAGUAUUUGGAUACUGAUCUGAAGAAAUUCGUCGAUUCUCAUCGUAAAGGUCCCAAUCCUAGACCUCUCCCUCCUUCUCUCAUCCAGAGUUUCUUAUAUCAAUUGUGCAAAGGGGUAGCUCACUGCCAUAGCCAUGGAGUUCUCCACAGAGAUUUGAAGCCACAGAACCUAUUAGUGGACAAAGAGAAGGGCAUACUUAAGAUUGCUGAUUUGGGCCUUGGAAGGGCUUUCACUGUCCCAAUAAAGAGCUACACCCACGAGAUUGUUACUCUAUGGUACAGAGCUCCUGAGGUUUUGUUGGGAUCUACUCAUUACUCAACUGCGGUUGAUAUGUGGUCUGUGGGAUGUAUUUUUGCCGAGAUGGUUCGAAGGCAAGCCUUAUUUCCUGGUGACUCUGAGUUUCAGCAACUGCUUCACAUAUUCAGGCUGUUAGGAACCCCAACUGAGAAGCAGUGGCCUGGAGUCAGUUCACUCCGCGACUGGCAUGUUUAUCCAAAAUGGGAACCUCAGAACUUGGCCUCUGCUGUUCCAGCAUUGGGUCCUGAUGGCGUGGACCUCCUCACGAAAAUGCUCCAAUAUGAUCCGGCAGAUAGGAUUUCAGCAAAAGCUGCACUUGAUCAUCCAUACUUCGAUAGCUUGGACAAGUCUCAGUUUUGAGGUUGCUUCUACUUCUAAGAUCAGCCUUAAGGAUCACUUGCAUCAGUUCAUAGGACGUUCUCAGUCUUGAACAAUAUCAUCUUCUUGGUGAUUUGAAAUUGGCCUUGUAAUCUUUUUCGUGAACUUUAGUUUGUCCGAGUGUAGAGAUUAGAGAAUGCAAGUUAGGUUUUGACAUGCUAUAUUCUCAUUUGUGCUUUGAAGCUGCAAGUUAGGGAUUUUAUCAGAGGAAUUUAACGUUCUUUUUGAUCACACAUGAAAAAUUGGCAUUUGAUCUUUCUUUUUGGUUCA